AUGGAUCGUACACCCACCAUAGAAGAAACAACCCAUAAGGCUCAAAUUUCUCUUCUUCCAUCAUGGCAAAUUAAUUUACCGUUCAAUGUAUUCAAGGCUGACCAAACCAAAAAGUUGAAUUUUCCUCCAACCAUGUUGAACGUUUUGGUAAAGAAGAUAAAAUUAUUGAUGAAAAACAAACCAAUCACUGGUGUUGGUUUGAUGGUGGUUAUGACAAUUUACGCCAUUCUUGUGGCUAGCCUUUUCCCUUCAUCUUUAAUCAAAGCUCAUGGUUCCUUUGUUUUGGGUUUUGGUUCACUUGCACUUGGUGAUGAUCUUUUUAGAAGUUUCUACAAACUUUGUGUUGAAGGAGAGAAAAUUAUGAAUAGUGGACAAAUUUCUUCAAAUUCAGUCUCAUUGACAAAUUGGUGGAAUGGUUUUCAACAACUUGAUGAGGGUCAAGUUUGGGUUUUGUGGUGGAAAUGGGGACUAUUUCACCGAUCCUUUAUUUUAUUCCUCAAUAAUCUGAAACACUUAGCUUCUCCAAGCACAACUAACAGUAGCACUGUUAAUAGUAUUAACACGAAGAAAAGAAGAGUAUUCCUGUUAGAGGGUUUUAACGCAAUACUCCUUUCUUCUUUGUUUACAUAUACUGCUCUCAAGUAUCCAGAUAAUAGGUUACAUACUGUCAUUCCAAAACAGUUACAAUAUUUGGGGUCAUCACUUCUUUGCUGUUAUGGUAUUAGUGCCAUUAAUCAUUCAUUUAAUGAUAAUAGUAGUUGGGAGCCUCUACCUAAAUGGAUCGCCCUCUACCUACUAACUAUUGGUUCUUACAUGGGAACAUAUUGGAGCUUUGAAUGUGUCUACGAAUUUAUUGAUCUAUUCCAAAAUAAGAAUUACUCUUCCUACACUACAACCAUGCUAUUCAUUUGGUAUCUUUCAAAGUUAGCCGUCUCAUCUAGUGUUGGUGUUGUUAGUACUUUUGCUCUAUUGGAUAAGUUAAAGAUUUGGAAGACUCUUGGUAAUUAUUCAGAUAAGCUAUUGAUUAAUGCUAAAAAAUAUCAAAAGGAGUUCUCUGCUAUUGGGUUGAGCACGGCCAAGGGUUUGGGACUUUAUUCAUUUGCUGCUGGCUCAUAUAAUUUUGUUGAAUCUAUGAAAAAAUUCAUUCAACACCUUUUAAAUGAAGACAAUACCACACUCUCUCUUGGAAUGCGUGCAAAGGAAAUGGGUAAGGAUGUGCUCUUCAUUGCUGGAAUGUAUGCUGGAUUUUAUAUUUUCAAUGGAGCUCUCUGUUUUGGCUCUCCUUACACAAAGGUUCCAUUUUACUUGGAAAAUGAAGCUCUAAAUUUAACAGUGGGUGGUGUUACAUUACAUAGUGUUGUUGCAGCUCUUUCUAAAUUUUCCUAUUUUUAUAAUAAGAAAAUUUUGGAUGAAUCAACAAGCCUCUCAAUUUUAGCAACUUUAGAUAAUGUUUUAUCAUAUGAAAAUAUUGCUCUUACAUUUGCAACAAGUGGUACAUUUAUGUAUGCCAAUGAUUUACUUUUGAAUGCAUAUGAUAAGGUCACAAAUAGUUCUAAUCAAAUUCGACCAGUUUUCAAUCCAGUUCCUGGUGGCAUUAGCUUGAGCACUAGUUUGUCAGCAGUUGCCCUCAAACAUUUCUUAUCUGCUGGUAGUUCUGUUUUGGGAGCAAUUGGUACUCCAAAUCAAAGUAUUGUUUCUUCUUUGACAAGUUUGGGAUUACUUUUACCCCUUUCAAAGGAUUUAGUAAUUGGAACAUGUUCUCUUGCUGCAAGUGGGUUUGUUUUAAUGAAAACAUUCCCUUCUCUUAAACCACUUAUUGAGAAACCUUUGCAAUUCUUUGAUAAAAUUAUUGGAAGAAGAUCAAGGAAGAUUCUGAGUAUUUUGGGUUCUCCACAAGCUGCUUUUACACUUUUUGCCACAAUUGGAAGUUAUAUCAUUUACAAAAAGUAUAUCUAUGACGAAGAAUUGUUUGAACAAACAGAUAACUAA